AUGGAUGGACAUCUACAUUUCGUGAACACGUAUCCAAGUCCCAAAAUGAAAAUAUUUAGUUUAAUCACGGUGACUCUUCUAAUAGGAGUGGUGUCUUCGGCUCCUACUGAAAAUAAUCUACUAACAUCAUUUGGUAAAAGCGAAACCCUACCCGAAAAAUAUGUGAUAUACAGAGGAGAAUAUGAUAUCGCUAAUAUACUCUUACCUAUCAACAGCCUCAAUAAUAAAAACGAAAAUAAAGAAUCAAAUGAAAAACCAUACAUAUUUUUUGCCUUAGCAGAUUUUACCAAGGGACAUAAAGAAGACAAAGGUUUUUAUAUUCGCAAAAAUGGAGAAGUAACGAAGCUACUUGACCACGGAAGAGAUGCUGCUACUGCUAUGGAUGGCAUAAGCGAAGUAUAUAUUGCAGCUGAAGAUGGUAUUUAUACGUAUAAUCCGAAAAAUAACACAGCUGAGAAAUAUGGAAUUGUCACAGAUGACUUGAUUGGUAUUGCGAAAGUAAAUGGCAGUGAUAUAAUUUAUAUAUUGACCAAAGAUCACGUUGUCUACCAAGUCACUGAUCAAGGAAUGAAAAUAGACAAAGUCGAGGACAUAGUAAAUCCAGAACAAAUUGUUUUGGAUUAUGAAAAUAAUUUGUACUAUGUAAAAAAUAAUAAUGUCAACGUUUUCAGUCCCAAUGGUACUAAAAAAAUUGAAGGUUUACCAGAGACUAUGACCUAUGUUAAACUUAUAAGACCACCACUUCCUCUAACUAAUGGUGUCCCAGUAGUCGUUGAUCACACCGUUUACAUCGUUUUUGCAAAUGGUACAAGUAAACUAACAAAUUUAAAUGCUACUCUGAGGCCAACUGCCUAUUCCCUUGAAGGCACAGUUUUACUUUACCUCGGUCAUGACAAGAAAAUUUACGAAUACAAUAUUUUAGCGCUAAUUCUCGACAGCAUGUUUUCUAAGUUUAAAGAGUACUUAGACGGUGUAGUCAAAGGUAUAGAAGAGAGUUUCAGGAUUUUUCGGUAA